GGUAACGGAAGUGGAUCCGUGGAGGGUUUUGUGAGCAAGGAGUAUUUUUGUGUCUCUUAAACCUCUCCUCUCUCUCUCUCACCCUUCGCCCUCUCUAUAACCCUUUUCAGUUUUGUGGCGGCUAGUCUAUCUCCUCCAGUUUCUUCUUCUGCCGCCUCGCCUCUAAAACCCUAUACCCUUCUUCUUUUUUCCCUCCUUAUUUCUAGGGUUUAUCUCCUUUUCCCUCAUUUCUUUCACUCUCUCUCUCUUCGUUCAAUCUGUGUCGGUCAUGGCGGGCGUUUCUUCUGCUGAUCAAACUGCAGGUUUGUUGGAAAACCUGUCACUAGACCCUCAGGCCAAGACAACUGAUGUUUUGGAUCCUGCAAAGAAGCUGUCAACUAGUCAAUAUGGACCAAAUGACUUGGCUAAUAAUCAAGCCAUGGCAUUAACUCGCUCCACAACCCCUCUUGUAGACCCAAAUGCGUUCUAUUAUCCUAAUGGAUACCCAUCAUCUGCGUACUAUUACGGAGGUUAUGAUUGGAACGACUACAGUAGAUAUGUAAAUCCGGAUGGGGUUGAGAUAUCUCAUGCUGGGUUAGGAGAUAGUGAUACGCCUUUUUAUCCCCAAGGUUAUCCCUAUGGAACAUAUUCUUCAUCAAAUGCUUCUGCUGGUCCAACCCAUGAUAGCCAGUUGUAUGGGACCCAGCAAUACCAGUAUCCAAGUCCUUUUUAUCAGCUUCCUAGUUCAAAUGGUGCACUUAGCCAAGUUAGCCCCUCACCUGGGGAGGUCUCAACUGCAGCUGUGACCGACAAAGUACCUCUGCCAGUUGCUGGGACAAACUCUGGGAAUAUGGGCAGUCUGAAUAAAAAUAACGGAUUGAAGUCUACUACUUCCAGACCAAGUAAUCAGAAUUCGUAUUCAAACUCCAAUGGUUCCUUCAAAAGGGGAAAUUUAGGGACAACAUACCCGACUUCAAGUUAUCAGGAUCCAAGAUUUUCCUAUGAGGCAUUUCAACAAACAUUCCCUUGGGUUGAUCCCUCUAUGUUCACGGGGAGUCAAUCUGGACAUAUUUCAGGAGGCAGUUUUUCCUCUUCAAUGAAUUCACAUUCAACAAGGCCAGUACCAGGUUUUGGGCAAGGCUCUAGUUAUAUGAUGUAUCCAAACAACAGAAUGUACGAAAAUUAUGGAAACCGGGGCACUGGAUAUGCAUUUGGUUAUAACAAUAUGAGCAAUGGGCGUGGUUGGAUGGCUGCUGACAGGUACAAGUCAAAAGGCCGUGCCUAUGGCAAUGAAAAUAUGGAUGGUUCAGGCGAGCUGAACAAAGGCCCCCGGGCCAAGAGUUUUAGGAAUCAAAAGGACUUUGGUGUUGACUCUGCUCUAGAGGGGCAGACCAAUCCUACGACAGGGAACAACAAGGAGGAGAAUCUGAGUGAAAUUUUAGACAAGGAACAGUAUAACAGGGAGGAUUUCCCAGAAGAGUACACGGAUGCUAAGUUCUUUGUAAUUAAAUCAUACAGUGAAGAUGAUGUCCAUAAGAGCAUCAAAUAUGGUGUUUGGACUAGCACUCUGAAUGGUAAUAAGAAACUUGAUGCAGCUUACAAAGAGGCCAGUGCGAAGGGCUGCCACUGCCCUGUAUUCUUAUUGUUUUCGGUGAAUACAAGUGGUCAAUUUGUUGGUUUGGCCGAAAUGGUUGGCCCGGUCGACUUUGAGAAAACUGUGGAGUAUUGGCAACAGGACAAGUGGGUUGGUUGCUUCCCUGUCAAGUGGCAUAUCAUCAAGGAUGUGCCAAAUAGUACCUUGAGGCACAUUACACUUGAGAAUAAUGAGAACAAGCCUGUAACAAAUAGUAGGGAUACUCAAGAGGUUGUCCUUGAGAAGGGCAUUGAGGUUCUCAAAAUCUUCAAGUCCUGUAAAUCCAAGACUUCCAUUCUGAACGAUUUUGGAUUCUAUGCAACCCGUGAAAGGAUAAUGCAGGAGAAGAGGGCCAAACAGAAGUUGCAGAAGCUGGUCUUGGAAAGUGCAACAAAUGUGAAAGAUGGCUUGCAAAAGCCUGCAAGUGGUACUUUGGCCAAAGGCCCGAUUAAAGUAGGAGAAAUCGAGUUGAAGACCAAUGGGGAACCUGGGGUUCCUGAACAAAAGGGAGCAACCGGUGAAAUGGCAUCAAAGGAUGGCGAAACUGUUGUUGAAUCAUCAGAAAACAAAGUUGCUGCAAACGGAGUUGCAAGCGCCUGCUAAAAGUUUUGGUCUUUCCUGCGUUUAGGGUUUUGUUCUGGGAUCUAGAGAGUUGGUAACUGUGUUAGUGUAGUUUUGUGGAGGGUGUGAGGGUUUUCAUGUCGAUUGACGUUUGUGGGAGUGUGCUUGGUCAGACUAUCAUCAAUAUACAGAAAGUUAGGUUUUGGUUUUGGUUUUUUUGUUUCCGAUUUUAGUGUCGAUUCCAGUUUCAGUUCUUUAGCGGUAAGACAAAUGUGUUUACCUUUAUGUGUCAGGAAGGAAUGGUUCUUUUUUUUUUCUUCUUUUCCAGUCAUUUCUUCAACUUCUGGGGUGUGCUAUCUAUGCUGCGGUAUGUUUUGUUGUGUGAAGGAGCAAAAUCCAAAGAUUAGUAGGAGAUUAUCAUUCUCUUUAUUAUGCAUUUCAACAAAUUGUGGAAAGGUUGGAGUAAGAAGGAAAAUAGGCAAUUUUUGGAUUGGCCGAGAGGAACGAAGUCAUCAUGGGGACGUUGAGGAAGAGGGAGAUGGGGAUGUUGGCAGAGAUGGUUGGCAAAGGGUUUUCCUCUACCCCUGUUGAAAUUAAUCAACUGCUCCAAGCACUUUGUGAAGGUAAGAUGGAUGUUGCUAAAAAGUAAAAAGUUUAUAGAAAACUACUUUUCGGGAUUUAUCAUAAUUACUAUUUUUAGAUAUUAUUAGACAUUGUUAGUAGUUCUUGAGUCAUAUUAGGAUAGUCUAUUAGAGUUUUCCAGUCUUUAGUUAUAAAUAUGUAAUGUGGGUCUUUUGUUCGAUGAAGCAGAAACCAGUAAAAGCAGUGGCGGAGCCACUUGGAGAGGAGGGGGUGCUCCCCUUGGGUUUGGAGAAUUUUUUUUCGAGUAGGGGUAUAUACAAAUUCGAACCAAUGACCAUUCAGUUGCAGGAAGAAUUUCUUAUCAUUUCGAUCGAGUGAGUUUUGUUAUGUAAUGCACUUUAGUCUUUAUUUAUAGUAAUAAAUUGUUGUCUUUUGUUUAAACUCGCUCUUUUUUUUUUUGUAGCUCUACAACAGAGAAAUUUCUUGUCUUUUGUUUAAACAAAGUUGAAAGUGAAGAAGUAUCAAUUGAAGUUCACUUGUUUGUUUCACAAAAUCAAUUCCAAGGUACUUCUCAGUUCUAAUUUGUAAUAUUUGAUGAAUGGAAGUCUUGAUUUGUAUGUACUGAACUUAUUUGUUUGACGUUGUAACCGGUGUACGUGAAACUAUUUUAAUGUAAUUGUGUGAAUUUAGAGUAUUGCGUUGUUGACUUUUUGUUUAAUUUAAAGUUGACUUUUCUAUUGUAUAGGUGAUUUUUUAUGAUAUGAUAAAGGCACCCCCUUGGCCAAUUUCCUGGCUCCGCCACUGAGUAAAAGAUUGUGAAUGAAAGUGAAAUAGGUUAGAGAUCAUCAACCAUUAAUCUGGCUAGUGGCUAGGGGAAAUCAUACCUAAGUGAGUUCCCAACCUGUAAUUAGUAGUCUAACCUAGAGUAGCUUGUAGAAGUAGUUUAGUUAAUCAAACCUUAAUCUGAUU